CUUGGGGCUGAUUUCAUAUUAUCUCUCUACACCUUUUGUCCUCUGCUGUCUUCUCUCCCCUCAGGGCCUCACCUUCCCCCUCAGCAUUCUCCAAAGUUGAGUAGGGCAGCUGAGAGCCAUUCUUUUCAUCUUGCUUUGCAGACUGGGCCCAUCUUCUUGUUUCCCCAAGUUCCCAAGCAUGUUGGAAGUGGAAAAAAUUAAAAAGCCCCCCAGGAGACAUGCACCCUCAGGAUCUGUCCCCCCAUGACCAGACCCCAGAGUCCAGCUGCCACAAUGACUUCCGGCUCUGAGUUCAACACCAGAGCUACCAACACCUUUUGUGGACGUGGCUGGGGUGCCAGGGAGGACCUGCCAGAGACUGGGGUCAAAACCUCAGCCCUGGUCUGUCCCCUGGGGUAGACAUAGAGGAGAAGGCCAGCAGUGGUCGCAGAAAGAUCAGACCCUCUGGCUCCCAAAAGGGGAGUGAGAGGGAUCUUCCCCUGUGAAGGAAGAGACCCCACUCCUUCCCCAGUGGCUCUUCCGUCCCCUCACUGAUCAAGUUUCCCUGGAGGAGCAGGAGGAAGGCACCUUGGGCCAAUGCAUCCGCAGCAGGAAGAGAAGAGCCUGCACACUGGGGAGGCCUGGUUUUCACUCAACUAGUGCAAAGAGCCAGGCCAGCCGGGGGCAGAAUAGGUCAAAGGGAGACUGUGAACUCUGUGUUGUGAAAUCUGGGCUUGGGCAGGAGCCCUCUGUGCAGCCUGAGGAGCUGUCCAAACAGAAGGCCCGUGAAUGGAGAGAGAUGGGGCAACUGGCAGGAAAGAAGUCAAAAGCCCCCCGGCUCAGUUCUAGCCCGGCCCCUUCUACCCCAGUGAUAGGUCAGAGGUGGGCCAGCCUAGUGAGAAUGAGAAGGUGAGGCAAGCUGACAUCCUCAGGGCCUGUCUGGACAGAGAGGUACGAUGCCUCAAGAAGUGGAAGAAGAGGCAUUUGCUUCCUAGCAGGGAGAAGUCAUCCCUGCUGAGCCUCCAGCAGUCACCCUGCUUGAAGAAGCUGGUCAGAACUAUGAAGGAGACCAAGGACUGGGUUUUUCAAGGGCGUUCCCCAGGCACUCCAGACACCACAGGUCAGACGCCCGCGUUGGAUGUCAGACGGUUCUUUCCCAUUGACUGUAAGAACACCUGCCAAGUCACCUGUACUCGGUGUCACGCCACCAUUAGACAAGGCAAAAUUAAGGGGCAGUCCAAAACCUCAGGCCUGGUCUGUCCCCUGGUGAAUAAGAAUGGGCUGGGGAGGGAAAGAAGGCUAAUUGCAGCCAGUCCAGGGAGAAGGGGCAGGGGUGGUGGAGAAGCAGAAGGGCCUACCUGCAAGGGCCACCAGCCUUGUCCAUGAGGGUCUCCCAUCAUCAGGACAUUGCCCACAUGACAUCCUCAGAAAACAAUGACAGGCAGCGGGCCCCAGGGAGGCGUGAGCAGCUGUUACUGGCUCCAUCACCCCUGCCUUCUCCCAUCAAAGAUGAAUCUGCUGCUCCCCCAGUGGCAGUCAGGACCGAGGUGGCAUAUAUGCUCCCAAACCCUCCCGCUCCCAAGCCUUGCACCAGAGCAUUGCUGAGUUACUCUGCAGCUUGGCAUUGCCUCUCCUUUUUUCCUUCCGCGCCCUUCAAAAGGUUUAUGACCCAGGUUGACCCUUGCUACUGCCUGCCAUCUCCAUCCUCCUCUGAUAAAGCCUUGCCUCUGCUCCGUGAGGCGAUGGGUGAGCAAGUGCUUCGGGAGAUGCAGUGGGCUGAGGGCAGCCACAUCCAUCUGGCCCUGUCCUCGGCAGCUCAGGAAGUGGUCCUAGAGGACUAUGUGGCCAUCACUGCCCACUGUGGGGGGUGAUACAGCCCCAUAGCUGUCAGGCGGUGUCGGGAAGCCCGAGGAAGCAAGCAGUGCUCUGGGUCCGAGGCCUGCCCCUGGAGAGCACUGUGGAGGACAGGCAGUGGGAACUACAGGAGCAGCUCACCCUGUAGCUGGGCCAUGACUCCCUGUAACCAGGCUUCCCAGUAUCAAGCGGCUGCCCCAGCCUGGAGCAGGCAGUGGCGAUGGGGGGCUACACCCACAUUCCUUGCUUUGCUCACUGCCUCAACUCUCUGGUGAAAAAUGUUCUGUGUCACCAUCAUAGUGUCCAGACCAUCCAGAUGGCACAGCCAGGGCCAUCUGCAACCAUUUCCAAGGCUCUGCAGAAGCCCGGCGGCUCCUCAUGCAGCUGCAGCAGCAGUGUGGCCUCCCAACCCAUCAGCCCUUUUGGGAGCUCUCAGACCACUGGGUCUCAGCCUGCCACCUGAUGGAGUGGCUGGUGGAGCGCAAGCGGCCACUGCGCGAGUAUGAGGAGAAGCACCAGCUGGGGAGGCCGGAUGGCCCUUUCAGCCAUGUUUUGGAGCCUGACAGACAGUCUGGUCAGGCUUCUGCGGCUCUUCCAGGUGGUGGUCCAGGAGGCGAGCAAUCUGCCGGCUUCUUUAAGCCAGGUGCUGCCGAAACUGCGCUCCCUGCACAUCUUCCUGGAGCGAUCAAGGCACUUUGAGGAGCAAAGUGGUGGGGAGAUGGGUGCAGCCAUCCGGUUGGCCCAGGGCUUGGCCCUGCAGCUCUGUACAGACUGUCAGCUCAGUGAGCUCUUCCACCACGAGGAGUUCAUGCUGGCGACUCUACUGGACCCCCGCUUCAAGGGCCAGAUUGAGGCCAUCCUGCCUGUGGGGGCCGACAUUGACCACUGGAAGCAAGUUCUCAUGUACAAGUGAACAGCCAGCUGACCCCCAGACUGUCAAGGCCCA